AUGACCUCGCUGACAAGCCCUCUCUUUCAAGGUUCCCAUACUUCCAUUGUUAAGAUCGCCGGUGCGGGGCUGCGGCUCUCACUCCUUCUGAAUGCCGCAGCCUGUCAACUUGCACAGUCUAAGCUGGAGAUACACAGCAUCGCCAAGGGUAUCUCACUAUUCGCUCUAAGUCUCAAAGAUGCCGGCAAGACGUUGGAAGUGACGGGGUUCCAUCGGACACCAGAGGCAACAGAAAAGGCAUGGGAGAUCGCUGGCCAAGGCCAGAUGAUUUUCAUCGAGAUUGAACACAUGCUAGACAUGCUGAAGUCUACCGAUAGAGAUGAUGACCUGAGGAGUAUUCCUCUCCAAGAAAGACUCAAGUGGUGCUUUCAGAAACAGCAUGUCACGUACUUGCUAGCACAACUCGACUCUCUUAAGCUCAGCCUGAUAGUCUUGCUGCAGAUUCUACAACUUGGGAAUAUCAUCAAAUCCAACGUUGAUGAUGGAAUCGAUACCGAGUCGUUGGCAUCGGUUGCUGAUGACACCAUUGCCCAAGAGAAAGCAGACUCGCAGAACAUGAUCAUCGUACGUUACUGGUCACUGAAACGUCUUGAUCGCCUGUGGGAUCUCGUGGAACAGGAGGCGAGGGAUGCAGCAAACAGCCAGACAAACCAAAGGAUCCGGUCUAAUUAUUUGUCGAGCUCGGCUUCCGCGUUGAAGCCACUGGUUACUGCUACUCGUGCCGCUGAUCCCAUCCGACUGCCUAUUGUGACUUUUGGGGAGAGUGAAGUCGGUUUGAGCGACAUGGAAAGAUCGCCAAAGGAUAUGGUGCAACUGUCUGAGAGUGCCAUGAACCGUCUACUAUCAAUCUGGGUGCCUCUGGUCGACCUAUCGAAGCUACAAGAAGCUGGAAAGUUGAUUGAUGCACCUGAAAAGCCAACCCAACCUCGUGUCUAUGUGUCCUCAGACACUGACGAUGAUGACACUGGAUCAGACUUUGAGGGCCUCGAUGUACGAGGCUACUACAUCGAGGGAUCCACACCUGACUGGAGGGUUCCUCAUUCCCAAGAGGCACGACAGCAAGCCGCUGAACGUCGCCGAAAGUACUCAAACUUCCAGGCUCGGGUAGAAACCGAGCCUGAGCCGGAAGACGUCAUCAAGCGAGGAGAAAGUCCAAAUGAUUCGAGGAUCCGUAUUGACUCGAGCGAUGAGGGCGAGCAAAGAUCAACUCUCCGUCCCUCUCACAGCAAACAGAUUCCCAGCCGUAUCCACACCAGCAGCCUCUCCUCUCAAUAUCCCCCUAAUUUGACUAAUCAUGAGAGCCGACCAUACCCAACCGGCAGCUACCCACCUCCUGCUCAUCCCCUUCCCCGUGCACCACCGCAUUUCUCAGGACCACCGUCAUCUCACGCACAGACAAAAUCAGCUCAAGCAUAUUCCCAGGGCGCACCACAGCAACCUUAUAAUCCUUACAAUACCCAACCCUACGCCUCAACCCCUCGAUCAAUCCCAGUAAACAAACAGGCCGGUCCCUCACCCUACCCAUCCUCUCGAGGCCACUCUCCAAAUCAAGUCUAUUUCGGACCCACGUGGGGCCAGCCCCACGCCCCAUACCAACUACGUCGGCCCCAUCCAUCACUCUACACACUCUCAACAUCGACGCCCGAAAUGGGGUUCCAACCCCCAUCACCUCACUCCCGACACCGAUCUCCAACCCGCUCGCGCCACUACUCUUCGCGUAGCUCCCGUGAUUCCCAUGAUUCCCACGACUCCAGAGAGCCACGGGAGGAGGCCAAGGAGCGCCGGAAAGACUUGACAAAGAAAGCUACCAGGGGUUUAGCCGGUAUUGGUGCUAUCGCUGGAUUCUUAGAUGCGUUGGAGGCAUUCAGCCUAAGCUGA